AACUGAAAUUCGGUUAUUUAAAAAUACAAAAUAUUAUUGAUUCACUUUAAUUUAUUUUACCAAAUAAUAAAAAUGCGAAAUAAUGUACUGCCAUCACCCAUUUUUACACUGAAAUGUGAAAAUUAUGUUCCAAAUUGUAUGAAAUUUAAUUUAGAUGAUCAUAUCCUUUAUGCAGGCACUCAAAGUGGAGAAAUACUCAUUUGGAAUCUUGAGUCUAACCGUUUAAAGAAUGUUCAAAAGGCUGGUUCAAUGUGUAUAAAUACCUUAGAACUGUUAAUCAAAUUAAAUCAAUUGAUUUCACAUAACAAGACUGGUGAAAUAAAAUGUUGGCGAAUAAAUGGAUUUGAACUCGAGCUCCAACAAACAUUAUCAACGCAUAUAAUUGGCUUUUGUACAUUAUCUCUAUAUAAAUCAAACAUGUUUUUGAGCAAAGGUGAAAAGUCUACUAUGAAUAGUUAUUCUAUUGAAACUUUUGACAAAAUUUCUGUUUUUGAUCCACAACAAAAUGACAGUUUGGGUGAUUUGAUGGUUAUCAAAUCUAUUGAAGAUUAUGUAUUUUGUGGUUAUGAAGCGAAUAUAGUUAUUAUGUGGAAGGAACAUCACAUUGUAAGUCAAUAUCAUUUUCCAGAACUAGAAUGUUUGAUGACAUUGGAUGUGGACAACAAUAUAACCAAAGGUGUUUGUGGUGGUAGUUCAAAUAUUAUAUAUACAUUUUGCAUUACAGAUGAUACUAUAAGUUUGGAUAAAAGUACUCAAAUUACAAAUUCUGGUAUUAAUGUUUUACGGUUAAGACCGGAUGAUAAAAUAUUAGCUGCUGCUUGUUGGGAUCUUACUUAAAUUUUUGGAAUUCUAACAAAUAUAUGCUUGCUGUUGCCAAUAAAGAUAAUAAAAUCACUCUCUGGGAUAUUUUCAAUGAAAAGGAUAAC